CUUCCGGUAAAAAUGAAAAUGGAUUCAAAAAGUUGAACUUCCUGUAACUUUCUGAGAACUUUUUAUCUACCAUGGUAUCCGAAAUAGAAAACGAGUUCAACAAUUAUGAUCAGUACAAUGCCUGGGGUCCGAUUUAUCAGGAAAUUAAAAAUGAGGCAGCAAUGCAGGCCAUGGAUGAGGAGCUGUCCACAGCUGAAGCUCGUAGUGCCGUCAACAGAAAUAAAAACCGAUACAGGGAUGUAAGUCCAUAUGACCAUAGUAGAGUAAAGCUUUCAAACAAUGUUUACAUCAAUGCAAGUCUGGUGGAAGUGAAGGAAGCCAACAGGAAAUACAUUUUAACCCAAGGGCCCUUGGAGGUAACAGUUUCACAUUUCUGGCAGAUGGUCUGGGAACAAGAGAGUAAAGCGAUCAUCAUGCUGAACAAACUAAUUGAAAACGGAGCUAGGAAAUGUUACAAGUACUAUCCGACCAGUGCUGAGGACGACGAGGAUGAAAUGGAGUUUGAUGAUGUUGCUCUCAAUGUGUCGGUCGUCAGGGAAAAGCAGCUGGACUACUACGUAGAGAGAAUUCUACUAGUCAGUCAUACUGAGACUGGAGAAUCUCGUGAAGUCAUUCACUACAAUUACACACACUGGCCGGAUUUCGGAGUCCCCCAAUCACCUUCGGUGUUUCUUAAGUUCCUGAUGACUGUAAGACAAUCUGGAGCCCUGGAGGCAAAUGUCGGCCCAGCUAUAGUUCACUGCAGCGCCGGCAUUGGGAGAUCAGGAACAUUCUGUCUCGUCGAUUCUUCCCUCGUCAUUAUUGAAAAGACUCAUGAUAUGAACUCCGUCGAUGUCAGAAAUUUACUGUUGGAGAUGCGCAAGUGUCGUAUGGGCUUAAUCCAGACUGCUGACCAGCUCCGAUUCUCUUACCUUGCCAUUAUUGAAGGAGGUCACAGCAUCCUGUCCAACGGAAAUGCAACACUGGACAUUCUGUCUGAUUACAUGGAUUCACGCAGCAAGAAGGAAGAUACUCCGCCCCCACCUCCAGAGAGAACCACAAGUUUGCCGACCGAUAGACAGCCACCCCCUCUCCCUCCGCGAAGCCCAGAUCUGAAGAAAACAAAGGAAUGGGAGGAUGAGGAGGAUUACGAAAAUCAACGAAAUUCGUCCAAAGAUACAGAUCAAUUAAUUCCAGAGAAGAAAGAAGAAGAAAAUAGUACCUUCCGUCGUAAAGUCCAAAGAGAGGAAAGAAGACAAAAGACUCAAGAUCAAAUAGAUCGCAUGAAAAAGAAACAGAGAGAGAGUGAACUAUGGAGAAAUAGACGCUCUUAUCUAGCCCCUAUAGCCAUAGGAACCACGUUGCUGAUUGGUGGACUUCUUUUGUAUUAUUACUAUUUUUGACAGAUCUUUUUUUUAUGCAAGGAAAAAAAAAAUGGCGACAUCUUUUUUUAUGUGUACAAAAUCUUUAUGUUUAAAGAAGUAUAGGAUAUGACCAUGGACAAGUUUUUCUCAAUCUGAGGUACCUACUGUAUGUAAUCUUGGCUUUGAUGAGUUGAUUGUGCUGGGUAUCUCACCGUAACAUUUUACCACACACACACACACCAUUCACUGCCCUAGUCAUCCACUGCUACUGGGUGGGGCAAUGGUCCCUGUUAUUUUAGACAUGUUAUAUAUAUGUAUGUAGAUCACGAUGCCAAACCUCCAAAGGAAUUCUUUGUUGAGAUUAAUAAUGCGUACUGUAUACGGGGUUAUUUUUGCCCAGUGGUUUGGGGUUUUUUUUUUCGCCCUUCUACACUUGCACUUUUUUGCCCCAUUUUGAUUUCACCCAUAUACAGAUGUGUGAUAGAUACACAGUAAUCUGAAAAUUGUUUUUAAUUCACCCUGUCUUAGAUUCGCCUUCUGACAAUAUGGGCAAAAGGGUCAAAAAUAAAACGGGGGCUAAUAUUUCCCUGUAUACAGUGUAUUGUAUAAAUGAUAAGAGUAUUUUAUGAACGAAUUUUUGUGUUUCUUUUUAGUUUUCAAAAGGGACUUAAUUAAUCAUGUCACAUGAAUUACAAGCAUACUAAUGUGUAAGGGUGGUAUGUACUAUAUAUUUUAUCAUUUAUCGCCUAUACAUGUAUAUUGUUUAGUACUACUGAGUACAUCUACAAGUACAUUAGUAAAGUUAUGAACUUGCCUCAAGACUGUGAAACCAUGACCCACAGAUUUUAUUUUUUCAAGUUAAAUUGAUCAGUUUUAUACUUGAAUGUGCUCAAUUUGAUUCUUUUCUUUUAAAUCUCUGAUAUUUUGAUGGUAAACUUGUUAAAACAUAUUGCAUAUUGAGUAUGGUUUUAUGUUUUAUGGUGCAUGUAAAUACAUGUGUAUGUACCAGGUACAUGUACAUGUUUAACCAUAAAUAAAGAUCAAUCUUUAUGAGACUUUGAUAAAAUCCUUAAAGAUAUUAAGUGUGAAAUUUAAUUGAAUAUUUCAACUUUUUGUGCAACUUUGCAUGGGAAUGGGGAGGGAUUAAACUUUGAUGAAUAUUUUUGUACAUGUACUAAAGCACCAUUUGCUAACCUAGGAAAAAUUCAAAUGCAGUAAACAAAUAUAAACCCACAUGUUCAUAUGUUUUCUCACCUAGUAUUGUGUAUCAAAAUUCAUACCAAUGCUUAAUCAUCAUUGUAUAACACAUAGAAUUUUAUUUAAAUGCUCAGGUGAACAUUAUAGGCCCUUUGCUGGCUUUUCAGUGAAAAAUAAAGAUAAAAUAAUGAAAAAGUUUCA